AUGUAAAUUAAAUAAAAUGUAAUCCAAAGUUUGAUUAGGUAAAAUAGUGCAAUAGAAAACUUAGUAUAAAGAGAAGGUUUGCAAUUGAUAGGUACAAGUCGAUUUAAUUUAGGUGAUUAAUCAUAUGGAAAGCUAAAUGAUGCAGAAUAUAAUAAGAAGAAAACGCAAAUCACUUUAUUGAAAGAUUAAUAAUACAUAGAUGCAGAAUAGUUAAAAAGGUUGGAAGAACACAACGAAGAUUAAUCGAAUUAGCAAUAGAAGUGGGUUAUUUUGUUGUUGUUUAAAAUUAUCAGACCAGAAGAGCCCAAAAAGAUUAUAUGGGAUUUGAUUGGAAUGUCAUUUAUAUUUAUUCAAAUGAUAACAAUCCCACUAAUAUUGACUUUUAGUUUUGAAAUAUCGGGUGGUUUUGCAAUCUUUAAUGACAUAAUGGACUACUAUUUCUUGAUUGACAUUUUAAUGUAAUUUUAAACUGGUUAUUAUGAAGGGUAUUAAAGAGUAAAUAUAUUUGUAGGGGUUUUUUUGUAAGUUAGAGGAAACAGAUUGCAUUAAAUUACUUAAAAUUAUGGUUUUGGCUGGACUUAAUCUCAUCAUUCCCAUAUGAUGAUGUACUUUCAUUAUUUAUUGACGAAUCAAAUACAUAGUCGUUGAAACGCAAUACUCAGAUCAUAAAGAUCAUGAGGAUUGUUAGAUUCAUUAAGGUGAUUAGAUUGAUGAGAGCUUUGAAAUUAAAAAAAAUCAUAAAUUAAAUAGAAGAUACCUUAUUCUAAGAUAAAACAAUCAUAUCAAUCAUAUCCUUCUUUAAGAUUUGCCUGAUAAUUUUGAGUUUAUCUCAUUGGUUGGCUUGUAUAUGGAAUGCCAUCAGGUUUAUUGAAGAGACAGAUAAUAAUUGGUAUACUCAAUACGUGAUUAAUUUUAAUCAAGAGAAAGAUAAUGAUCCGGACUAUUGGUUUAAUUAGUAUGUGGCUGGAAUAUAUUUUAGGUAUAUUUGAUAUUAUAGAAGAAAUAAAGCAUAACUACAAUGAUUACUAUUGGAUAUGGGGAUAUUUCGCCUAAGAAUACGAUAGAAAGGUCAUUUGGGAUAUUUGUUAUGAUUUUGGCUUCGGGUGUGUUUGGUUAUGUUAUGAAUUCCAUUGUAUUAUUGUUUUAGAAUAUGAAUGAAUCAUUAGAGGAUCUAUUAAAUAAGAAUACGGCUGCCAUUAAGUAAAUAUAUUAAUUAAUGAAGAUAUAUGAAAUAAAAGGAAGUUAAUAAGAAGUUACAAUCAAGGAUUAAGAAUUACUUAGAGUGGUUAAUAGAAGAUGAACAAUUACAAAAGAGUUAUGCUCAUGACACCCUCGAGAAGUUAUCAUUGCCAUUAAAAAAUCAAUUAACUCAGAUUGUACAUGGUAAGAUGAUGAAUUAAAUCAAAUUUUUGAGUAAGAAUUUUUCAUCUUUAUUAUUAAAGAAGUUGGCAUUCACAUUUUAAGAAGAAAGUAUUAAAUGAAAUAAUUUAGUUUAUAAUCCAGAAGAUUGGAUUAUCAAUUAGAAUGACCCAAUUGAUGAUUAGACAUCUAUAUUCUUUAUUUUGAAUGGGAGAGUGUCUGUGUGUUUUCCGAAGUCUAAGGGAAUCAAUGAAUUAGUGGAGUUGAGUAAGAAAUAGUAUUUUGGAGAGAUAUCUUUUUUUGGGAAUGUUCCUAGAUGUGCAUCUGUGAAAGCCAGAAAUUUUAUCAAUUUAUUUAGACUGUCUAGGAAAUCAUUCUUGGAGCAAUGUGAAAUAGAAGAUAUUGAGAAAUUCUUUCAAUUGAAAUUCAAAAUAGAGUUUGAGUAGGAUUAUGAGGAUUUGAAUUUAUUUUGUUAUGUUUGUUAAGCUCCUAAUCACACAGCCAAGCAUUGUCCCAAUGUACAUUAUGUUAUAAAUAAAUACGAUAGAAUCACUAUCAUAGAGAAAUAUAAUGAAGAAAUUAAAUUAUUUAUUAAUGAAAGAAGGAGGCAGAGAAAGAAAUGUAAUACUUUGAGAUAUCUAAAUAAUAAAAGAAAUUAAUAAGUAAUCUAAUAAAUCACUGAAGAAGCAUAUAAUCUUGAAAAGUAUAUCAAUUUCCAUUAGACUAAACCAAGUGUAUUGAGGAUUAAAGAUUCAUUUAGGACGGAUUCAAUCAAAGAAUACACCAACUUUACACCCAUGUCUAAUUUAAAUUCGAUAGCAAGACUCUAAAAUUAUAAUGCUGAAUUGUAUGCAGAGAAUGUCAGGCAAUAGAAAGAAAUUUAAAAGAAAAACAAAUUGAAAAGCAAAUUUGUACAACUCUUUCAAAAUAAAAAGGAAUAACGAAAAUCUUUAGGCAAUAAUUAAACAGGCAAUAAAUUUUCACAAUUAGUUAUGAAUCUAACAAAAUUAAAAAAAGCAUAAGACCAACAAUAAUAACAUUCAGAAUAGGAGAGUAACCAAAUCUCCAUCACAAAAUUAUCCUCUCCUCCUACAGUUAAACCUAAAUUGUUAAGAGCUCCCACUAUGGUAGCCAGAAAAUUGAAUGAAGGAAAGAAUACAAGAUUACAAAGAUUACCCAGGAAAACUUAUUUAGGAUAGAUUUGCGGAUUAGAAAAACAUAGUUAAUAAUUCAUGGAUGAGGUAAUAGUAGAUUCCAAAGAAUGUUCUGCUUAACCUUUAAAAUAAUCGAGUGCCAUUAAAGUUAAAAAGAAGAAGACAAUAAUCAUAUAGAAAUCAACAGAAGCGACAAUCAUUGAUUCAUACUAAUUUCCUGAUGUUAGUUUUCAUAAAUCGCUAAAAAGAAGUUAAUCUUCUGAUGAAUUAAAAUCAAAUUACGAUUUAGAAAAAUACUCUAAAUUAUUUCUCGAAGAUAUGAUAUAUUUGGUGACUAACUAUAAAUUGUAAAAUUGCAAAUGA